AUCUUACUCAUUCUGUUAUUGCAUUCGUACCGAGCGUUUGUGCUCAAGUCUCUUGCUCUCGCUUUAUAUUAUUUUUCUCGUUUUACGUGUUGUUAUUUUUUUGAAUUUUCACCAAUUUCGAGUGAUAAUUUUGCUAAUAUUUUUCAUCGCUGUUUAGUGCAUCAUUUGAAUUACAUUCGUUUUAUUUUUCGUACAUUUUGUAUCAUUUUAUUGUGUUUGUGCGUGAUCGAUUACAUUGUCGAGUUUAUUAUUCUUCGAAUUUCUUCGUAAUUAUUCAGUAUACUCUGUACCAGUCAAUUUACCUGCAAUAAUUAUGUCUGCUGUCGAUGUUGAACAAUUGCAACCAGUCUCCAGAACUUACCAAUAUAGGAAGGUGAUGAAACCUAUGCUGGAAAGAAAACGCAGAGCACGUAUCAAUCGCUGCCUAGACGAACUGAAAGAAUUCCUCUUAUCAACUCUGCAAGCCGAAGGCGAAAACGUCAACAAAUUGGAAAAAGCCGAUAUCCUGGAAUUCACGGUACAACAUUUGCGCAAACUUCGCCGCCAAAACCGCCUCAUCAACAGUCCGGCCACCACUACAGAUGCCGAUGCCGCCGACAGAUUCCGAGCCGGAUUCACGCAUUGCGCCUCCGAAUUAUCCAGUUGUCUGGCUUCGACACCCGGAGUUGAUGUAAAUUUGGGCACGAAAUUAAUGACUCAUUUAGGUCAUCGUUUAAACGAAAUGGAAAAAACCACACCGCUCUCCCUCAACGUUCAUGUCACCUCAGCUGAUAGAUACUCGCCGGCUCCCAGUUCGCCUUCUAGUAUUUCUUCGACUGAAUCGUACACUAUGCCUUUGACGCCGAUUUCGAUGACCUCAUCGGGCCGAAAUCACUGCUCUGGAAACAGAUCGCCUUACCCUUACCAUCCGGAAAUGUAUUCGCAAUCGCAAUUCCUGCCAACAGUCGUGGAUAUGCGUACCACCAAUAAUACUACGUCGACGAUGCCGAUGGUCUGGAGACCGUGGUAAAUUCCCUCAUGAUGCUCCUGUCCUGUGGUCUUUUUACCCAUAUUUCCUUACCAAAAUACCUUUGUCUUUCAUUUUUUGUUCUCGCAACGAAUGAGCGAAAAUAAUCCAUUUCUGUUUUCCGCAAUUUCGUCGGACUGUUUCGCUUCGUUUGAUUCUUAGUUCUUUCACGAAUUAGCUACGAUAUGGUUAAUCAUCCCGUGGAAAUCGUUCUCACUUUUAUGAUCUUCAUUUUUAUAAGUUAAUUUUGUAUCCUUCUGCGACGUACGAGUAUAUUUAUUAGUAAUUUGAGGUUUUAAGUUUUGUAUGUAGGUAAUGUUGUUACAAUAUGUGUAAUUUAUUUUUGAAAUUCUUAUAAUUCGUUGCUAUUUUUUUUUUUUUUUUUUAAAUCGUGAUUUAGAUAUUCUCAUAGUUGUGCAUUUAAAAAUCUAAAAAUCGCAUCAAAAAUGACGAAAACUCGUGUUCUACUCGUACGGUACAUAUGACUGAUGUAAUGUGUUUUUCUCAAUAAUUGAUAAGUUAGUUGGUAUUUGUUAGGUCUUUCUGUGUUUGUGAUAUUUUAUUAGUAAGUAUAGGGUACGUUUUGUCAAAUUUCUCCAAUGAUCUCGCAUUUCUGCAUUUUUUUUUAUUUUUCAUUUCUUAGCGUAAGAUGUAGGUAAUGAUUAUCUACAACGUUCACUCUAUGAUAGUAAAAAUAAAUACUAUUUUCGUUUCUUAA